GCGCCGAUAAACCGCUUUAAUGUCGGUUGUUAAAUCAAAAAAAUACCUGAAGUGAACAUUUGAAGUGUUUUACUUCAACUUUUGCAACAGUUGUAAAAGCAAAACUUUAACUAUAAACUGUAAAGCGUUUUUUUUUUUUAGAAAACAAUGUCUUUAUUACGAACUUAUCGCAUAGUCAGUUUUUGCAAGUCUACUCGAAUAACAACACAAAGUUGUCCAAAUGUUUUUCGUUGUUUUAGUAGUAGCCAAGGAUUACAAGAUGACAUUAAGGUUCCUCAAGAUGCAAAGGAGACAAUUGGAUUCAUUGGACUUGGGAAUAUGGGAAGUCAAAUGAGUAUGAACUUGCUGAAAAAAGGCUAUAACCUUGUUGUUUUUGAUGUCUAUCCAGAGUCAAUGGAAAGUUUGAAAGCACAUGGAGCUUUAGUUGCAACAUCACCUUAUGAUGUUGCACAAAAAACAAAAAAAAUAAUCACCAUGUUACCUUCAAGUCCUGAUGUAAAAGAGGUGUAUGCUGGUAAAAGUGGAAUAUUAAGUGGUGCCCAAAAUGGUAGUAUUUUUAUUGAUAGCAGUACAAUUGAUCCAUCUGUUUCUAAAGAUAUGUUAAAAUUUGCUAUGAGUAUUAACUGUUCAUAUGUGGAUGCACCUGUUUCAGGGGGUGUUAACGCUGCAAAAGAAGGAACAUUAACAAUUAUGGUGGGAGGGAGUGCUGAAGAUUUUAUUGUUGUUGAGAAACUAUUGUCAAGUAUGGCUAAAAAUGUUGUACACUGUGGAAGUAUAGGAACGGGGCAGGCUGCAAAAAUAUGUAAUAACAUGCUGCUUGCCAUAUCCAUGAUAGGUACUGCGGAAGUUAUGAACCUUGGAACUAGGCUAGGCUUGGAUAAAAAAAUGCUGGCACGUAUAAUAAAUAUGAGUUCUGGAAGGUGUUGGUCAAGUGAGAUGUAUAAUCCAUGUCCAGGAGUUAUGGAAAGUGUACCUUCCAGUAACAACUAUCAAAGAGGUUUUGGAGUACAGCUAAUGGCAAAGGAUCUUGGUCUUGCUCAAAAUGCUGCUACUUCAACUCGGUCUGCUACACCUUUGGGCUCGCUUGCUCAUCAAACUUAUCGUGUUAUGUGCAAUCGUGGCUACGCCAAAUUAGAUUUUUCUUCAGUUUAUAAAUUCUUAAGAGAAGAUGAUUAAAGAGUUAUCUGAUAAUUUAAA